GCAAUUUAUUAAGAAAUGCUACGUUCGCCGGUACGUCGUAGCCCUCGAUUACAGCCAGAAAAUUCAACGCCAGCCAUCCAAACUACAACAAAGGUUACAGAACUAAGUGCCAAACCUGUGCCCGCACCAAAUACCAUAUUUGCAGCGAAACCAAAGAGCGCUCAGGUAACAAGUAGAGCACCUUCCAAGGCAGUGCAACUUAGCGCUCCAACGCGGACCACUUGUGUUGCCACCGUCGCCACCACUGCCACCGCCGCCGGCACUGCCACCGUCGCCGCCACUGCCACCGUCGCUGCCUCCACCGCCGUUGAAACAACCGUUACCACCGCUAUGUCAGCACCAACUACUACCAUUAACAAUAUAGUCAGCCCUGCCCAUCAGGUAAGCGACAUUUAUACAACAAAUAAUAGUGCCUUUGCUAAAACUGAUCCGGGGAAGGUCGUGUGUGCCAGCACCACCCCAAUCAGUGUCGCACCUGCCAACGUCGCCCCAAUCAGCACCGCCUAUGCCAGCGCCCAAAUCCCCAAUGCCUCUGUCAGCGCCGACGUCACCAACGCCUCUGCCAACGUUGGUAUCGCCAACGCCACCUCGGUUAACUUUGCCGCGCCAACCACCAUGUCGUCAGGGGCUUCUCCCAGCGAUAUAUGUAAUAUGAACUUACUUUUGUCCAUGCAACAGCAAAUUUCUAGGUUAGAAGUUCAAUUACAAGAUGCACAAACUAAAAUUGCAGAAGGCGAGCGCCAACGUUUAAAUACAGUUUUACCGCAGUUGACGUUGCCAACUGCAGCACCGCCACAGCCAACGUUUACAAAUACAAGUGCAAAUAAUCGCUGCCAAAGUGUACCUCAAAAUUGUGCCGUUAUGUUUACCGGGACAUCAGGGGCUCCGUCAGCUACAGCCGUGCCGUUUAGCAUUAAUUCUGUAAUACAUAGUGGUGCUAUGACAUGUAACGGGCCAUUCAAUGAGCCGCCAAACACUACUGUUACGAAUUCGUCGUACAAUCGUGCGAUCCUACCAACUAUAUUCCAGUCACAACCUAUCGUUAAUCCACCCAUUACUUCGCAUGUUAGACAGCCGGUUCCGUGGGCUGCCGCAGCAAACUACGGUCCAUCAGCAUGGUCGCCAGCAGAACAGCACAACGAUGUACUAGCCGUCACCUCUGGGCCUGCCGCCACGCAACUUCAUGGUUCGUCAGCUACGUCGUCGAGUCCUGCAGUAUCAUUUAAUCAUUUGCAGUUACCACGAAAGAUGCUGGAUUUGCCACAAUUUUCCGGGCAGCCAGAGGAAUGGCCUAUAUAUUACGCGUCAUAUAUUGAGUCAAGUGCUGCUUACAACUACACAAAUUUCGAAAAUAAUCAACGUUUAAAUAAAUGCCUCAAGGGCGAGGCAAGAGAAGCGGUCAAGUCUUUGUUGAUACAUCCAAAUAAUGUCGGUGCGAUUAUAGAGCAGUUGUGUUGUAGGUUCGGUCGUCCUGAACAGCUAGUUCGUAGCCAACUUAAGGCGGUACGCGAUGUUCCCUGUAUUUCAGAAGCCGGUAUCUAUAAACUCAUUUCGUUUGCUACGAUUACGAAAAAUCUAACCGUGUUUUUGCAGUCAAUAGGGGAAGACAAGCAUUUAACGAAUCCGACAUUGUUAGAGGAAUUAAUUGCAAAAUUGCCCUUUAGUAAACGGUUAGACUGGGCAAAAUAUUCCGCUUCGAUUCACCCACAUCCUACUAUUGUUAAUUUUAGCAAUUGGUUAUCUGAGGUCGCAAGUUUUGCGCAAAUGGUUCAAGAUCACGAAGGUCGAGAGCCGAAGCGUCGGGCAGUGUUAUACGCUGCGGGGGACCAACGCGUUUUAAAAUGCGUCUUAUGCCAAAACGAACAUAGGGUUUCAGGGUGCCGCCGCCUACUUGAAGCUACCGUAUCUGAACGAUGGAAAACGGUAAAACGUCUACGUCUGUGUUUCAGUUGUCUUCAACCUGGACAUGCAACUCGUAAUUGCCGCCGCCGUAAAGUCUGCCCAGUUGAAGGGUGCCCUCGGUAUCACAAUCAUUUGCUGCAUGAUGGUGAGGUAGGUGCUCUGGUCCCGUCUACUGCUGCCGCCGGGACACGAUCUGCCAACAGUUCCGUUCUCAACUGCUCCGCUCACACUCAUGGAAAUUUGUUGUUUCGGAUAGUCCCUGUGACACUGUACGGCCCAAAUAAACGCAUUGACACGUAUGCGCUCUUGGAUGAGGGUUCAUCGAUCACGAUGAUGGACGAUUCACUUGUGCAGGAACUAGGGUUAAAGGCUAAACCAAGCCGGGUGGAGAUCCAGUGGUUCGGAGGUAAAGCAGUUAGUGAAAUGGUGGCUAUCGUUAAUCUUUGCGUCAGCGGUCUGGGUAUGAAGAAGCGCCAUUUACUUCGUAACGUACACGGUGUCGCCGAUUUGAACCUUCCUUCACAAAGCCUUAGUAGAAGGGAUAUAUGCAACGCCACUAGUUUUAAAGGGAAGAUGCCCUUGCAGCCUUACGAAAACGCCAUUCCCAAACUUCUCAUCGGACUAGACCACUGCCACCUGGGAUUGCCUACGCUGCAUUCACGGACUUGGGUUGUGUCGUGUUUGGACCUUCGUAUAACAUGCCACUAAGGAAGCCGUCGUGUCUUCAC